CACACAAAGAAAAACACACUUUUGGAUCUCGGAGGUCUUCCGCUGAAAUGCUUUAAUUUAGCAGGCUGAAGUUUUACCCCACAGUUUUUAUAUCUGUGUCUCAACCCCGCGUGUUAGUUUUCAAAGAAAGAGCAGCAGCUUUAAAUCUGAUUGAUAUUGAUUUGUCUGCAGUGGCAUUAAAAUGUAGGUCUCCAGAGUCAUUCAAUUAAAGAGGCAAAUGAAAUGGAGGGGGGUAGAGAUGAACGCCACCAGUUGAAUGGGCCUAAUGACCAUCAGCGCCGAGCAGCGCGGAGUUUAGAGUCUCAUCAGCACCAGUGUGAGCGACCAAUCACAGCGCUCCCCCACCGGCGGACCUCCGUGAGGCCAGUCGCAGUUAGGCGGUGUAACCUAUCUCGCUUGGAAAUUAUGAAGGGAACCAGCUUCGGUCGAUUCUAGAUGGAGAAAAGUUAAAUUGGGGGAUUUUUUUUUAAUUCCCGGUGACGCGUCUUGUCAUUUGGAGCGCCUGUAUCACUGCGCGUCCUCCAGGGUUAUAGUUGCACUGUAACUUGUGCUGUAACAAACAGACGGAAUUUUCCGAUGUGGUGUUUUAGUUGAAUCGCUUUGUCACAUGUAUCAGAAAAUCUCAGAACAUCUCGUCUUGCUCUGACUCUCUUUCUCUGAGUCCUGCUUGCGCUUUUUUUUGUACCUCUCUCCGCCGCGAUAAUGGAUUAUCAAUAACCGGAUGGAAGAGCGAUUGAGAUCUGCAGUACAAGUGCGAUAAACAAUUUAAAACAGGUGGCAGAUCCAGCAACAGUUCAAGCUGUCCUGAUCAUCCUCUGCCACAAUAACAGGCUGCCAUCUGAGAGACGCUGAGAUACAGUGCGCAGGCUCUCGCGCUCCUCUCCAGCAUCAAACCCCAGAGCAACGCACAGCGGACACUCUGGCAUUCCAGGUUUGUCGACGUGCAAACCCGAAGAGAAUUCUGGAAAUCACGCAGAACAUUUAGAUACGCCAGAAGAACACUUUUGGAACAUUAGUCAGUGGGAGAACUGCUGUCUUUGUGUCUCUGUGUUUUUCCUGCGCUGAACUCUCCUCAGAAGGUCAGAGGAGCAUGUAACUGAAACAAGUGGAGCCCUCGGUGAUUUCAGCAUUCUGUCUCCCCCAUCUGUGCCUACAUUCUCCGCCACAGAUAGGGACGUUUUUGAUAAUUACAUAUAAUUAUAAUUUCUGUGGGAGACAGAUCUGCCUCUGUCUAUUAUUGCCAACACCUCCAACACAAUAACUUCACACAUUUACAUAUUUCUCAACAAAAGUGAUAUUCUUUGAACCUCAGAGACAAAUCAGGAAUAAUUUUACUUGGAGAGACAUGUCACAUGGAGACGCAAUGUGCCAUUCACUUCAUAUCUAAUUAGUGAUACGGCUGAAUGACACGGGUAACUUUUUGUGCCUAAAAGCUGAAUAGAGAGCAUUUAAAAAUCCGUGACGUUUGCCUCAUUUUCUAAUGUGUUUCACAGGCUGGGAGGCUUGGUUUAUGCUUACUCCUAAUUUUCAGCUGUUACAGUCUUCUAGCACUUAAGCUGAGCCUCCCUCAUUAUCACCCCCCCCCGGCCCAAUCACACUAACAGUGCGUGCCAGGCGAGUACAGAUGCACAUUAAUCCAAGCGUAGAAAAGAUUGAGAUUAAGUACACGGUGUAUCUAUAGAUGUGAUGAGUGCCUCGAACAAGUUAACAUGGAGAUACGUCCCUGCGCCACAGAAACUUAACGCCAUAUAUAGACAGUUUAUUAUCAGUGGUGCAGUCUGAUUUGAUUGUUUACAAUGCAGGUAAACACAUAAUUUCAACGAGAAUUACAAAUUUAAUACAUUCUUCCAGGAAGGAGUUGCUCGCAGCUUAAAUAAGUGCCAAUUCUGAAUGUAUGUUGUGCCGUCCAGGAAUGAAAAAAGCAGACAAAACUGUUUACAUUUGAUAAAACACUACAACUAGACAACUGUCCAUGUGCCAUGAUCAGCACAGGAAUGUACAGGACUGCCAUAUUUUACUGAGAACUCCCUGCUACUAAUUUUUACUGGCCUUUGUGGUUACAAGAAAAUUAAUUCCAUCCAGCAGCACGUCAGAUAUUUGUUCUUUUGUUCAGUGCGAAGUGUAGAACAAGGCAUUAAGGACUAAAAGCAUGAAGAUUGUUGUUUUCAAUUUGUCCUUUUUACAAAGCUGCCUCCAUUUUAGUGUUCUAGACUUGAGAGGGCAAAAGAUGAAGUCAUUACGCAUGCAGAGUUGCUUUCUAGCAGCAAAUUAAAACCAUUUUAAUACCAUUAUCGACAAUUAUUGAAACCUACCAACUGUUUUUGAUAGUGUUAGUCCAUUUGUAUUUGUACAGUUCCUGACCUUUUCUAAUAUUACACCAUAUAAAUGCUCAGCUUCUGACAAAACAGAAAAGCAGGCUUCGAAUUUUCCUCGUCCAGCAUUGCUGAAUGAAACUACUGAUACAUCAUCAAUAUCCAGUAGGUUGUACAUGCUACUUGAAUAUUUCACAUGCCAUUUUAGUGGGUUAAACUGCAAAAGCGGAUACAGUGUUGUAACUGCAUUGACUCAACAACAGAAAAUAGAUCUCUUAGUCAUGUAAAAAUGACGCCCACCACCAAUCUUCGAGUCCUCGCUGUCUCCCUGCUCUCCCUCCUUACUGCCCCGCUCACCACUGUUGUGGAGACCUCUCCGUCCCCCCCUCCUCAGCACAUAGACCGCUCAGGGAGGCCUUUCACCGAGCAGCCCAAGAUCGGCCCUAGCCCUUCUCUCCUGCUCCUCGCCAUGCAGGCCAAUAUCAGGCCAGCUGCCCUGCAAGGCAGGACCAAAACCCCUGAGAACUUUCCAGAAACCUCAGAGGGAGUUCUGGAGGCGCCUCCAAGACCCCUUCCCCAGAUCAUGUUCCCCAAGAAUGUGACAUCAUCAGAGGCCCUUGCACCUCCCUUAGGCGCCGCCCAGGUGGCGCCCAUUCGACCACGCAUGAUGGACAUAUGGAUGGAUGUAUGUCGGGGUUAUUAUGACGUAAUGGGACACUUUGACAGCGCUUUCAACUGCUCCAAGGACACCUUCGUCUUUUGCUGCGGAACCUGCCACUACCGCUUCUGCUGCCCAGAGCGAAGUCGGCAACUGGAGCAGGACAGCUGUAAAAACUAUGACUCUCCAGACUGGGCCAAGCCGCAGACAGAUGCCAUGAUAUUACCAGAGGAAUUAGGUAAUGACCCAGACUUUGAUCCACUGAAGCAGCAGAGCCAUAACACGGGCUUCGUCAUCGGAGGCGUGAUCGUGUUCAUGGUGGCUGUCGCCGUGGGCAUCAAGGUGGUCUUCAACAAGGUGCAACAGGAAGCCAACCAAAGGGACCUCAACAUGCCCAGAGCCCUUGUCGACAUGUUGCGGCACCAGUCGAGCCCAGUCCAGCAGGAUGAGAGGAACAACAGCGUGGCUCUGACUGUAGGGGACGGAACAGGGACACUGGGGAGACCUCCGAAAAAUCUUUACGCUCCAGGACUGCCCAGCAAGGACAACAGAUUGGGCAAUUUGCAACACAAUUUCAUCCACCCAUCAGGCACCAGCCCCAAACACACCGCAACUAUCGAACGCACCCCUCGGAUGAACAAUGCUCAGCUGGCAGCUGGAGGCACCCUGCUUUCCAGUAAGCACAACAACACCAAAUCCCAGCCUUCCUUCCACCACUCCCUGCACAACCUGGCUCAGCUGCCGCCGUCCUAUGAGAGCGCCACCAAGCCUGAGCUCAACAGAUACUCCUCGCUCAAACGCCUUGAGAAAGGUCUUGAUGAGUACUCGUCUGGUUACUGCACCACCAAGCGCCGGCCCCACACAGCCCAGCCAGCCCUUCAGUCCUCUCAGCACCACCUCCACUGGGGUGGAGACUACACCCUCAGUGGGAGAGGAACCCUCCCAAGGCAUGCAGUCCGUCCCUGGAUCCCGCCGCCGCCUUCUGGCAUGCCUGCCUCGCCCACCCCCAAUCCGUACCCUUUGGAUCCUCCGGAGCCCCAGUUCAACCCCAAUUAUGACACUCUCUCCAAGCCUGCAAGGAAAGUGAAGUCCACUGACCAGCUGCUCAACAUGGGUGAUGUCCCUGGCAACACGGGGACCCUGUCCAGGUUGUCCAAGAACCAGCAACACCAGUACUACAAAGCCAUGGCUGCCUCCAAUAAGAACUCCAACACGCAGACCCUCACCAGGAAGCCCGGGGACAGGAUGAACAGAGAGGACAGGAUGAACAGGGAGGACAGGCAGAACAGGGAGGAGAGACAGGACCGGCUGCUCAUGUCCCCAGAUCAUUUGGAGGAGAGGAUGGGUGGGAUGGGGGUUGUAGAUCCAUACGCCCACACAGGAGGCAUUGUCCCCACGCUGCCUCGCCAGCAGAAGGCCCAGUCCCAGCAGAACGUCUGCGCUACGCCCUCUCUUGACCGACACCACAUGAUCAAGAUGAACUCUCACCCCACAUCUGGACGGGAGCAGGAGAGGAACACAGCCAUGACGGGGCACAUGAGCGGGGGCAUGGGCUGGGGCGGGGCGGGGGCAGGGGCGCCGGAGGGCCCUGGGGCAGGGGUAGUCAUGGGAACGGGAACACUAGGGGGCCACAGCGCCAGGAGGAUGGCUUUUGCAGCGAAAAGGCAGAACACCAUUGAGCAGCUACAUUUCAUACCAGGAGGGGGCGGCGGGGGGUCGGCAGGAAGUGGAGGGGGAGGAAGUCAGGGGAUCAGGACGGGGAGUAAAAAUGAGGUGACGGUGUGAGGUUUGUGCCUAAUGUAGAGUUUACCCCUCAUCAGCGGUGUGGGAAUAGAUCACCCUUCUGCAUUUAACUAUUACAUAUACAACUACAAGAAAUAAACCUAGCAGUAUCAAGUAUAGUAACGGUAUAACGUGCUUAGGCUAUUCAAAUUAGUGUUAUCUUGUAAUUAAAUAGCUUCAAUAUGAUUACUUAAUUAAAAAUCUAGGUGGGGAAUGUCUGUUCCAAUUAUGUGAUAGCCUAUAUCAGCCAUAUUUUGUAAUAAGAUUUGCCAUACUGCCAUAUACAGCGGUGCCAUUACUUGUAGAAAGACUGACUGAAAGGGUGAAACAAAACCAACAGAAGUGUCGUUGAUAAUUUUGUUUUUAUAUAUGUUUUUCAAAAAGUACUCAGGAGCCAUAUUAGAUAGGAAACGAGAUUAUAUAUAUAUAUAUACAUAUAUAUACAUUCAUAUAUAUGUAUAUAUUAAAUACAUAUUAGGUUGAUGAAGAGGAGGACCAUCAUGUGGAAUAUUGUAUCACAGAAUUUAACAGAGAAUCAAGCCAACUACCUGCUGAACUGUCGACCUGCUCAGCUCUCACCGACUAUGAUUUAUCAGACUGAAGCUCAUGGGGUGAGAAGCAGAUGAGUGUGAAUGAACUGCGUGUGUCUGGCGAGGGAUUUUGGAGAUCUGACACCCUCAUCCUGACACGGGGAGACAGAACUGAUUUUUGUCGCCUCCCAUGUAAAUGAGCGGACGAGGCGGGGGCUGCCUCUGACUGGGACACUGCAGCCUGACACUGUUGACAGGACUUCGCGCCCGAUUUAAACCGCGAACGCUCCCACAUUACCAAUCUGAUGCCUGGGUUGCCUAGUUUUCCAUGUGACCUUAGAUCCCCAGAGGGAAUCACACUCUGAUUCACAACACAGGAGUGUAAACUGACGUUAGAGCAUGGGUGUGUUUCCCCUCUAAUGUCCCCAUCUCUAGAUCAGGACCUAACUGUAAAAAAACAAUGGGCUACCAAAUAAUAUAGAGCCAUCUGUCACGUUAUUACAGAAAAACAUCUUGACGAGUCAAGAGACGCGUGUGUUCAGUUUACCAAUAACAAAAAGAGGCAACGUGCUUUAAUGCAUGUUGUGCAUGGAGAGCAAAGGUUUUUCUACAGAGCACAAGUGAAGCGUGACGCAGAGGUUGCACUUACACAACUGUCCUUCAAAGCCAUUUAUGGAGAUACAAAGAAAAUACCACAGAGGAAGCUGGUCUGACAAUCACCGUUUUAUUAUUCUCACCAGGUGACAAAUUAUACAAGUCAGUGAUAUUUUGUACAGUCAAAGGGAUUGGCUUCAGAGCAAGCCAAAAAAAAAA